CCCGUAUUUUUCUUUUUUUCUUUUUCUUUUUUUUUUUCAUGCGUUUUCAUAUUUUGUUUUCUUUUUCGAGAUUGAAAUACUGAGAAUACGAGAGGAGAAAACCAGUUAGCGAAAUUGAGAGAGAUAAAGAAGGGGGUCCUCUAUAGAUUAUGCCUCACUCGGAGGCCAUAGCCUAUUCUAUUCCUAUUCCGAUUUGCAGAGCGAAUCCGAGAGAUUGAUAAACCCCCGAAGAAGCUCCAAUCCUAUAUAAUAGUUUAUACUAUGCAUAGAUAAACAGAAUAUACAUCUGCACUGUUUCUUUGCACCGCCGAAUUCCAAUCAACUGUUCGUCUUCUCUUCUUCCAAUUCAUUUCGUUGUCUGACUGGUAAGAGAGGCUGUAGAGUGUGUUACCAUAAGGCGAAAAGCUGCGGCUUCCUUGUGGUUGAACCCUGACGAUAUGCUGGAAGACCGUUCUUGUUUUGUGUCAAGGGACUACCACAGAGAGCGUAGCUGGGCUUGCAUGAGUUUCCGGCUUGAUGCGAAUGGCAAAAGGCCAGCGGAAGAUGAUCAAGAGGAUGGACGUGUUAGGAAAUUCCCGAAACAGUCUGACACUCGUGGCAGAGUGGAUACAUCUCUAACCCUAGGGGGCAAUUCUUCGGCAUCUGAAGCUGACCAGGCUGGUUGUGAUUAUGAGGCUGAUGAUGGAAUGCAAAUGACCGUGGCACAAGGCGGUGGUGAUCAGCAUUCUGACGGGGUAAAUUCUGAGACUGGGGCACAAGGUGGUGAUAUGGUGGCUGAUCAAGCUGGUGAUCAGCAUUGCGAUGGGGUAAAUUCUGACACUAGCUGCCUAAUUCCUGGGAUUGGUCGAGACAACUCCAUUAGCUGUCUCAUCCGUUGCUCAAGGUCCGCUUAUGGCAUGGCAGCUUCCGUGAACAGGAGCUUUCGUUCGUUAAUUAGGAGCGGCGAGCUCUAUAAAUUAAGACGCAUGAAUGGUAUAAUUGAGCACUGGGUUUAUUUUUCCUGCAACAUGUUGGAAUGGGAAGCGUUCGACCCCAAUCUCCGCCGUUGGAUGCGUCUCCCAACAAUGAAUUCUAAUGAAUGUUUUGUAUUCUCUGACAACGAGUCUUUGGCUGUGGGCACAGAGCUCCUUGUGUUUGGAAAGGAGUACAUGGCACAAGUCAUCUAUCGGUACAGUCUUUUGACCAAUUCAUGGUCGACCGGAAUGCAGAUGAAUGAGCCACGGUGUUUGUUUGGCUCUGCCUGCCAAGGGGAGAUUGCUAUUGUGGCCGGUGGUUGUGAUUUGCAAGGAAAGAUCCUUAGCUCAGCUGAGCUUUACAAUUCGGAGACGGGAGAGUGGAAGCUUUUGCCAAGCUUGAACAAGGCCCGGAAAAUGUGUUCUGGAGUAUUCAUGGAUGGAAAGUUUUAUGUAAUUGGAGGUAUCGGAGGGCCUGAAACAAAGCUUUUGACAUCUGGAGAGGAAUACAAUCUCGAGACGGAGACUUGGACUGAAAUACCCAACAUGUGUCUCCCCCGCACAGGUGAAACUAGGGAAAACGCCUUGCCUACUACAUCUGAAGCACCUCCGUUGAUUGCAGUUGUAAAUGACCAAUUUUAUGCUGCCGAUUAUGCUGAAAUGGUGGUAAGGAAGUAUGACAAGGAUAACAGAGUCUGGUUUACAAUUGGGAGAUUGCCCGAACGUGCAAAUUCUAUGAAUGGCUGGGGCUUGGCUUUUAGGGCAUGUGGUGAUAAGCUCAUCGUGAUCGGGGGACCUAGGGCUUCAGGUCCAGGGUUUAUCGAAGUGAACUCGCGGGUGUCUAGUGAAGGGCCACCCGAGUGGCAUUUACUAGGCCGAAAGCAAUCGGGUAGCUUUGUCUAUAAUUGCGCCGUGAUGGGUUGCUAAAAAUGUGGUUCUUUGGGAACUAGGUUUUCUGAAGAUAAAUCAGAAAAAAGUUUUUGGUUGUAUAGCCAAUGCUUUGGUAAAAUCAUCUCGUCAUAAACUUGAAGAUAAAUCAGAAAAAUGUAUUUUUCUUGGUUA